CCUCGGACUGGCUCGGCGGGGAGCUGUUUUCGGGCGUGUUCCGGGCAGGAAGGCUUGUCACUCAAAAGUAGUUGUUCAACCUUCAAAGAGGAGGAGAAUAUCCAACCCGCCACAUCUUUCAGAAACUGUAAGAAAACCGGAGGGCAGACAUGGCUCACAAUAAUGGGAACCAUGGAGACCAGAGCAAAGACACCUGGGAUUCCCACAACAGGAUAAUGCGCGAGCCUCUCAGCUCCAAUGACCCGGAGGUGUUUGAAAUUAUCAAGAAUGAAAAGAAAAGGCAGAUCUACGGCUUAGAGCUCAUCGCCUCUGAGAACUUCACCAGCAGGGCAGUGCUAGAGGCUCUAGGGUCCUGCAUGAACAACAAGUACUCUGAAGGAUAUCCCGGGCAAAGGUAUUACGGAGGCACGGAGUUCGUGGAUGAGCUGGAGAGGCUGUGUCAGAAGCGAGCCCUGGAGGUGUACAGCCUAGACGCUGAGAAAUGGGGGGUCAAUGUCCAGCCAUACUCAGGGUCCCCUGCUAACUUCGCUGUGUACACCGCCCUGGUGGAGCCCCACGGGAGGAUCAUGGGAUUGGACCUACCAGACGGCGGUCAUCUGACUCACGGAUUCAUGACUGAUAAGAAGAAAAUCUCGGCCACCUCCAUUUUCUUUGAGUCGAUGCCAUACAAGGUCAACCCAGAUACCGGUUACAUAGACUAUGAUCGACUUGCAGAGAAUGCACGCCUCUUCCAUCCCAAACUCAUCAUUGCAGGUGUCAGCUGCUACUCUCGCAACCUGGACUAUGCCCGGAUGAGGCAGAUAGCUGAUGAGAACGGAGCUUAUCUGUUGGCUGACAUGGCGCACAUCAGCGGCCUGGUGGCGGCUGGGGUCGUGCCCUCGCCCUUUGAGCACUGCGAUGUGGUCUCGACCACGACUCACAAGACCCUCCGGGGCUGCAGGGCCGGGCUUAUCUUCUACAGGAAAGGGGUCCGCAGCGUUGACCCAAAGACUGGGAAAGAGAGCCUCUACAACUUAGAAAGUCUGAUCAACCAGGCUGUGUUCCCAGGCCUGCAGGGAGGACCACACAACCACGCCAUUGCAGGGGUUGCGGUGGCUCUGAAACAAGCGCUGACCCCUGAGUUCCGGGCCUAUCAGGUGCAGGUGGUGGCAAACUGCAGAGCAAUGGCAGCGACUCUCACCGACCUGGGCUAUAAAAUUGUGACAGGUGUGUAUUUCAGCACAUCCCUCAGAUGUUUCUACCCAGCCGAAACCUGUUCUUCAGAAGCUGAGACCCUUCACUCACACGCAACACCACAGCCAUAGUGUGAUAUUUCAUUU